AUGUUCUGCUCAAAGCCACGCUAUAACCUCCCAUCCCUUGUCACAAAAUGCUUUACUACAACCCCUGCGCUUCGACGCUUGAUCAGUAUCCGCCCACUCGUCGAAAUUAAGUCGUGUAAGGGCCUCGAGCCCAGUCAAUUGCCAGAGUACAUUCCGUCACCCCACUCACAAUUGCACACGCUCUACUGGAACAAACCCAUCCAGAACAUUUUUAUCGUUAAAAAGCCGUGGGACUCGCGGGUUAGGGGGGCCCUUAUCGAGUUCAUCAAGCAUAUAUACAUCAGAUACCCCACCAUUAACGUCAUGGUUGACCACGCGUGCGCGGACGAGAUCCAGAGUGAAUUUACUGCUACAGACGCCAACCGUGUCCAUCCGACUCCCUACAAGAUUUACACAUCGGAGAACAUCCUAGACAUCACGCUGCGCACUGAUUUGAUGGUAAGCCUUGGCGGCGACGGAACGGUCUUGCGUGGAGUCUCCUUGUUUUCGAACCAGAUCGUGCCGCCCGUUCUUCCGUUUUCCAUGGGAUCCUUAGGCUUCUUGUUGCCUUUCAACAUCAAGCUGUUUGAUACUGCCUUCCAGACGGUUUACGAGUCGCGUGCCAAAGUCUUGCACAGGGCCCGUUUGGAAUGCCACGUCUGGAGAAAGCCCGUGUUGGAACCAGAGGCUUCAAAUGAAGGCGGCAUACCGGCAAAUACUGAGGUAGUUCAUGCGAUGAACGAUAUUGUGCUUCACAGAGGUGCGUUACCCCACUUGACCACCUUCGACAUCUAUAUCAACAACGAGUUUGUCACGCGCACCACGGGCGAUGGCGUGACCUUCAGCAGUCCGACCGGAUCCACUGCCUACUCUCUUUCCUGCGGCGGCGGAAUUGCGCAUCCUCUGGUGGAGUGUAUCCUUCUCACCCCCAUCUGUCCGCGCUCGCUUUCCUUCAGACCGUUGAUUCUCCCUGCCUCGGCCCACAUCAUGUUGAAGGUGGCCGACACCAACCGCAACUCUACCAUCGGCUUGUCCAUCGAUGGGGUCUCUCAUAAGGACUUGCGUAUCGGUGACGAGCUUCACAUUGUUCUGGAACGUGCCACCCCCACGACCUAUGCGUGUACCGAGGAGGUGUGUCCACCGAGCUUGAUGCAGCGAAACCUUCAACACUUGCAGGAUUUGGGAACCGUCAAGAGCGGCCAACACUGUGGAAUAUGGUGUGUAGCCAAGGGAGAAAAUGAUUGGACCGCGGGAAUCAAUAACUUGCUAGGGUUCAAUAGCAGUUUUCGGGCAUUGUAG